UGCCUAUGCCAAGAACCACUAUAAAUAUGGAACCAACUUGUAUUUGAUAAACCACACCAAUCAUCACAAACAUAAACACUAGAGCUAGCUAGCUUAGUGAAACUUCUUUGUUAUCAGAGGAUUUAGCUAAUGGCUCCUUUAAAUUGUUCUAGAUUAACCAUGACCAUGAGUAUGACUCUCUUUCUUCUCAUCAUAGGAGGGAGUGUCAAUGCACAACUUUCUACAAGCUUUUACUCAACUUCUUGUCCCAAACUAUCUUCCACAGUGCAAUCCACAAUGAAAUCUGCCAUAUCAAAAGAGGCCCGAAUCGGUGCUUCCAUCCUUCGGUUGUUCUUCCACGAUUGUUUUGUCAAUGGAUGUGAUGGAUCAAUUCUCUUGGAUGACACAUCAAGUUUUACCGGGGAGAAGAACGCUAACCCGAAUAGAAACUCUGCUCGUGGAUUCGAAGUCAUUGAUAACAUAAAGACAGCCGUAGAGAACGUAUGUCCUGGAGUUGUAUCUUGCGCUGAUAUUCUUGCCAUUGCUGCCGCAGACUCUGUCGCAAUUCUUGGAGGUCCGUCGUGGAAUGUAAAACUCGGAAGAAGAGACGCUAAGACGGCCAGUCAAUCUGCUGCUAAUACAGCCAUUCCAGCACCAACUUCUAACUUGAAUACACUUACCUCAAUGUUUAGUGCCGUUGGUCUUUCCACCAAGGACUUGGUCACAUUAUCAGGUGGUCACACAAUUGGACAAGCAAGGUGCACAACCUUUAGGACAAGAAUCUACAACGAGACCAACAUAGAUACUUCUUUUGCUACUACGAGACAAUCAAACUGUCCAAAUGCAGCAGGCUCCGGGGAUAACAAUUUGGCACCCCUUGAUCUUCAGACUCCCAUUUCUUUCGACAACAACUACUUCAAGAAUCUUGUUCAGAACAAAGGUCUUCUCCAUUCAGACCAACAACUUUUUAGUGGUGGGUCUACCAACUCUAUAGUGAGUGGAUAUAGUACUAAUCCAAGUUCUUUUUCAUCUGAUUUUGCUGCUGCUAUGAUCAAGAUGGGAGAUAUUAGUCCUCUUACAGGAUCCAAUGGAGAGAUCAGGAUGAAUUGUAGAAAAACAAACUAAUGUUUCUGUUGAAAUUAAUAUUAUGGGUCUAUGAUAUGCACAUACAUAAUUAAUAUUUUGUGUGUGUCAGAUAGAGAGAGCGCGUAGUGUGCAAUAAGUUGUUAAACAUGUUUUCGUUGUCUUUUGAUUCAAUGUACUUGAAAGAGUUAUGUAUUAUCUUUGUUUUAUUAAGUAUUUUGUUUCUUUAUUUAAAACAUUGUGAGAAGGAAUAUCAGUUUGAUUAUCCACAA